AUGGCCGUCGAGCUGCGACUCCCCUGCCUCUGCCUCGUCGCCGACUGCUCCGUCGUGGGCCCCGGCGAGUUGCCCGCCCGCGUGGCCGCCGCGGUCGAGGGCGGUGUCAAUCUCGUCCAGUUGCGCGCCAAGGAAAUGCCCGGCGGCCGGCUCUUGUCGCUGGCCCGGGAACUCAAGCGUCUGUCUGGGCAGCGGGCCGUCCUGCUCAUUAACGAGCGGGUGGACGUCGCGGUCGCGGCUUUCGCCGACGGAGUCCAGUUGGGCGAAGAGGCUCUCCCGAUCCCUGCGGCCAGCGGGCUGUUGUCGCCCGGCUCCCUAAUCGGCCGCUCCGUGCAUUCCGUGGAUGGCGCGGUCAAUGCGACCGAGGGCGGCGCCGACUUGCUGGUAGUUGGCACCAUGUUCGCCACCGACUCCCACCCCGGCGCGGAACCGGCAGGCCCGCCGCUGGUGCGCGACGUCGCCAGCCGCUGCAGCCUGCCGCUCAUCGGCAUCGGGGGCAUCACCCCAGGCAAUCUCGACGCCGUAAUCGCUGCAGGCGCCUCCGGCGUUGCCGUCAUUCGCAGCAUUCUGGCAGCAGAUGAUCCUGCCGCUGCCUCCCGCGAGAUGCUAUCCUCGUUGCAGGCAUCCUGGCGGGAGCACAGGGCCCUGUCGGAUAAUGGUGUCCAAAUCGAGACCGGUCGCCCAACCUGA